UAUUGUUACUGAAAAUUUCACAUUUCCACAAUGUGUUUUAUUUCCAGCAGAUGGACACACAAGCAGGAAUAUCUCAGAAGGACAUCUAAUGUUAUCCCCGGAUUGUGAAAUAAAAGAUAAUGACAGCAGACAGGAUUCUCCAGGAGAUAACCCCAUUACCCCAAUUAUACAUCCAGCUCUAUCAGCUGAUCCCUCUGAUCAUGGGAAAUGUUCUCCUGAUCACUCUAAUGUUGGAGCAUCUGUUACAGCUCUGACAGUAGAUACAGUGUUUCCCUGUUCUAUAGAUGCCAAAUGUUUUACACAGAACACAAAGCUUAUUACCCAUCAGCCAGCUAAGGCAGGUGAGAAGCCAUUUCCAUGUUCUGAGUGUGGAAAAUGUUUUACAUACAAAUCAGCUCUUGUUACACAUCUGAGAAGACACACAGGUGAGAAGCCAUUUCCGUGCUCUGAGUGCGGGAAAUGUUUUACCCGGAAAUCACAACUUGUUACACAUCAGAGAAGUCACACAGGUGAGAAUCUAUUUCCAUGUUCUGAGUGUGGGAAAUGUUUUGUAUGGAAAUCACAACUUGUUAUACAUCAGCGAAGUCACACAGGUGAGAAGCCAUUUCUAUGUCCUGAGUGUGGGAAAUGUUUUGCACAGAAAUCAGAUCUUGUUAGUCAUAACCGAAGUCACACAGGUGAGAAGCCAAUUUCUUGCUCUGAGUGUGGGAAAUGUUUUACCCGGCAAUCACAACUUGUUAGACAUCAGCGAAAUCACACAGGUGAGAAGCCAUUUCCAUGUGCUGAGUGUGGGAAAUGUUUUGCACGGAAAUCACAACUUGUUAUACAUCAGAGAAGUCACACAGGUGAGAAGCCAUUUCCAUGUUCUGAGUGUUGGAAAUGUUUUGCACACAAAUCAGAUCUUGUUUUUCAUCAGAGAAAUCACACAGGUGAGAAGCCAUUUUCUUGCUCUGAGUGCGCAAAAUGUUAUACUCAGAAAUCACAACUUGUUAGACAUCAGAGAAGUCACACAGGUGAGAAUCCAAUUACUUGCUCUGAGUGUGGGAAAUGUUUUACACGGAAAUCACAACUUGUUAAACAUCAGCGAAGUCACACCGAUGAGAAGCCAUUUCCAUGUUCUGAGUGUGGGAAAUGUUUUGCACAUAAAUCAUAUCUUAUUAAACAUCAGAGAAGUCACACAGGUGAGAAGCCAUUUUCUUGCUCUGAGUGUGGGAAAUGUUUUACACAAAAAUCACAUCUUGUUAGACAUCAGCGAAGUCACACAGGUGAGAAUCCAUUUCCAUGCUUUGAGUGUGGGAAAGGUUUUGCAGACAAAUCAGCUCUUGUUAUACAUCACAGAAAUCACACAGGUGAGAAGCCAUUUCCAUGUGCUGAGUGUGGGAAAUGUUUUGCACAGAAAUCAGAUCUUGUUAGUCAUAACCGAAGUCACACAGGUGAGAAGCCAAUUUCUUGCUCUGAGUGUGGGAAAUGUUUUACCCGGCAAUCACAACUUGUUAGACAUCAGCGAAGUCACACAGGUGAGAGGCCAUUUCCAUGUCCUGAGUGUGGGAAAUGUUUUGCACGGAAAUCACAACUUGUUAUACAUCAGAGAAGUCACACAGGUGAGAAGCCAUUUCCAUGUUCUGAGUGUUGGAAAUGUUUUGCACACAAAUCAGAUCUUGUUUUUCAUCAGAGAAAUCACACAGGUGAGAAGCCAUUUUCUUGCUCUGAGUGCGCAAAAUGUUAUACUCAGAAAUCACAACUUGUUAGACAUCAGAGAAGUCACACAGGUGAGAAUCCAAUUACUUGCUCUGAGUGUGGGAAAUGUUUUACACGGAAAUCACAACUUGUUAAACAUCAGCGAAGUCACACAGAUGAGAAGCCAUUUCCAUGUUCUGAGUGUGGGAAAUGUUUUGCACAUAAAUCAUAUCUUAUUAAACAUCAGAGAAGUCACACAGGUGAGAAGCCAUUUUCUUGCUCUGAGUGUGGGAAAUGUUUUACACAAAAAUCACAUCUUGUUAGACAUCAGCGAAGUCACACAGGUGAGAAUCCAUUUCCAUGCUUUGAGUGUGGGAAAGGUUUUGCAGACAAAUCAGCUCUUGUUAUACAUCACAGAAAUCACACAGGUGAGAAGCCAUUUCCAUGUGCUGAGUGUGGGAAAUGUUUUGCACAGAAAUCAGAUCUUGUUAGUCAUAACCGAAGUCACACAGGUGAGAAGCCAAUUUCUUGCUCUGAGUGUGGGAAAUGUUUUACCCGGCAAUCACAACUUGUUAGACAUCAGCGAAGUCACACAGGUGAGAAGCCAUUUUCUUGCUCUGAGUGUGGGAAAUGUUUUACACAAAAAUCACAUCUUGUUAGACAUCAGCGAAGUCACACAGGUGAGAAUCCAUUUCCAUGCUUUGAGUGUGGGAAAGGUUUUGCAGACAAAUCAGCUCUUGUUAUACAUCACAGAAAUCACACAGGUGAGAAGCCAUUUCCAUGUGCUGAGUGUGGGAAAUGUUUUGCACAGAAAUCAGAUCUUGUUAGUCAUAACCGAAGUCACACAGGUGAGAAGCCAAUUUCUUGCUCUGAGUGUGGGAAAUGUUUUACCCGGCAAUCACAACUUGUUAGACAUCAGCGAAGUCACACAGGUGAGAGGCCAUUUCCAUGUCCUGAGUGUGGGAAAUGUUUUGCACGGAAAUCACAACUUGUUAUACAUCAGAGAAGUCACACAGGUGAGAAGCCAUUUCUAUGUUCUGAGUGUUGGAAAUGUUUUGCACACAAAUCAGAUCUUGUUUUUCAUCAGAGAAAUCACACAGGUGAGAAGCCAUUUUCUUGCUCUGAGUGCGCAAAAUGUUAUACUCAGAAAUCACAACUUGUUAGACAUCAGAGAAGUCACACAGGUGAGAAUCCAAUUACUUGCUCUGAGUGUGGGAAAUGUUUUACACGGAAAUCACAACUUGUUAAACAUCAGCGAAGUCACACAGAUGAGAAGCCAUUUCCAUGUUCUGAGUGUGGAAAAUGUUUUGCACAUAAAUCAUAUCUUAUUAAACAUCAGAGAAGUCACACAGGUGAGAAGCCAUUUUCUUGCUCUGAGUGUGGGAAAUCUUUUACACAAAAAUCACAUCUUGUUAGACAUCAGCGAAGUCACACAGGUGAGAAUACAUUUCCAUGCUUUGAGUGUGGGAAAGGUUUUGCAGACAAAUCAGCUCUUGUUAUACAUCACAGAAAUCACACAGGUGAGAAGCCAUUUCCAUGUGCUGAGUGUGGGAAAUGUUUUACACAGAAAUCACAACUUGUUACACACCAGAGAAGACACACAGGUGAGAAGCCAUUUUAAUCUUCUGGAGUAUACUUAUCAUUGCCAUGCGAUGUUCUUCAAGGUUCUUAUCCUACCUCCUGUGCUUUUUUCAAUAUACAUGCUACCACUGGGUAUAAUAAUCAGAUGUCAUGCCAUCAUCUACCACUGCUAUGCAGAUUUGUCUUUUGCUCCGCGUACUGAAAACCCAGUACCAAUCCUAAAUGUCUAGCUGAGCUCCAGGUGUGGGUGAUGCCAGUUGGCUGUGACUCAGUCCUGGUGAAACAGGUUCUUAUGGUAGAAGCUCACCAUCAAAGGGCAGGGAUACAGCUCAGCUUCGUAAACCAGACUUACGCUUGGGGGUUCAGAGUUACAAAAUGCUGAUCCUGUGCGGAAUAUUGGUGUCCUGGAUGGUGGAGUGACACUUAGACAUCAGGUAUCAGCCACAAUCAGAUCCUCAUCUGAGGAACAUAGCCAGACUCCAGCAUUUAUUUCCCUCAGAAGAUCUACCUACAGUCAUACAUGCACUUGUAUUAUCACGCAUAGACUACUGCAAUGUCCUCUACCUGGGUCACCUAGCAAAAGAAUCGCACCGGUUGUAGCUUGUACAGAAUGCAGCAGCCAGACUGUUACCUAACCAGCCCGUUCCUGCCACAUAACACCCAUUCUCUGCUCCCUUCACCGGAUGCCUGUAAGAUGGUGACUCUGGGCCUAAUUCAGGUUGGAUCGCAGUGUGUGAUCCAAACGGAAUUAUUCAGUAAAAGUUGCGGGCACAUCCACCCGCGUUUUCUGUGGAUGGGCCACAGAAAAUGCGAUUGCCUGUCAGGCAGAGGCAGUCACUGGGGUGGCGGGGAAUGCUCUGUUUCCAGGGAGGAGACGGAUCAGUGUGGGGGCAGUGUGGCACGAACGGAGGGCAGAGGAGGACAAAUGGGCAUGAUCACGGUGGCUUUGUGACAUCAGAUGCAGCCGCCGUGAUUGAGGAGAAUGCGGCGGGCCUCCUGCGGCAGCAUGAGGCUUCACUAAUUUCUACGAUGAAGCAGAAAUUGUGAGGCAAUUGCAAUUUCUGCUUCAUCAAGGGGGGAGGCGGUGGUCAGCAUGUUGGGUGGCCUUGCCCUGCGAUGGGCGGCCCCUAGCGCUCAAGGAAAAGUAUUGCAAAUUUGACUAAUUAGCAGCAUCUGCAAUCCUUACUGAAUUAGGCCCUCUAUUAAAUAAUUUACUGACUCCCAGCCUUGCAUGACCAUGGUACCAGAAGCAGCUUCUGCCUCCGUACUGCUCUGGUUUCUUCCAUCUGUUGAUGAAGGACUGUUAGCAGUACCAUAGAUUCCCAAGCAGUGCUUAGAUGUCAGGGGAGACGGUGGGUGGCAGUAGUGCAGUAGCGGGGGCUACUGGAAGCAGUGUGUAAGUGGGUAAUGUUCCCAAGCAGCGCUGAGGAGGGAGACAGGGCAGGGGGCAGUAGUGGGAGCUGCUGGACACAUUGUCUAUGUGGGUAAACAUCACCAAGCAGGGCUGAGGUGUCAAAGCGGAAAGACAGGGCAGGUGGUAGUA